AUGUCCUCAAAAUUUUGGGCCGAAUUAUCUAGCGAUUAUGAAAAACUUUUUGAUUUAGAAUUUGGAUACGAUGUUAUUAUUUAUGCUGGAGAAGAACCAGAUGUUAAAGAAAUUCAUGCUCAUUCAAAUAUUUUGUGUAUUAGGUCGCAAUAUUUUCGUUCCGCAUUUUCUAAUGAAUGGGCAGAGAGGAAAGAUGGAAAAUUUAUUUUAAGAAAACCGAAUGUUUCGGGAUAUUUAUUUAAUAUUAUUCUUAGAUUUCUUUAUUGUGGAAAUAUUGAAUUAAAAAAUUUACAAGGUUCUGAUAUGUUAAAAUUGUUGGUAGCAGUGGAUGAACUUAAUAUUCAACCAUUAAUUUCUCACAUACAAGAAUAUUUAAUUGAACAUCAACCCGAAUUUUUAAAUAAAAAUCCGACAAAACUUCUUGAAAUUGCUUAUCAACAUGAAACUUUUACGGAUUUAUGGGAUUUUUGUCUUGACAAAGUUUGCGAGGAACCUAAAAUUUUAUUUAAUUCUGAUAAAUUCCUUGACUUAAAAGCUCCUUUAUUAGAAUUAUUGUUGAAAAGGGAUGAUUUAAAUGCGGAUGAGAUUGAUAUUUGGGAUAAUUUAUUAAAAUGGUGUUUUGCGCAACUUAACGUGAAGGAUGAUUCGAAAAAAUGGAAUAAAGAAGAUAUUCCAAAGAUUGAGGACUUAUUAAGCAGAUUUAUUCCUUUAAUUAGAUUUUAUGAUAUUGAGCCUAAAGAUUUCUUUUACAAAAUUUAUUGUUAUAAAGACGUCUUACCGAAGGAUUUAAUUUAUGAUCUUUUAGAAUUUCAUGUAGUACCUAAUAUGAAACCUAAAUCUAAUGUGACGCCUUCAAGAAAAUCAAAUUUAAAUCUUAAACUUGAUUCAACUUUAAUUGAAUCGGACUUCACUUCUCUCUUCGCAUCAUGGAUUGAUAAAAAGGAUUCUAAGUAUUAUAAUAAAAAAAAUAUUCCUUACGAAUUUAAGUUAUUAUAUCGUUCAAGUAGAGAUGAAUUUAAUGCAGCAUCAUUUCAUAGAAAUUGUAACAAGAAAGGUGCUACUAUUUGGAUAGCGAAAAUUCAAGAUUCAACACAAUUAAUCGGAGGUUAUAAUCCACUUGAUUGGAGUGGAACUGGUUGGAAGAAUACUUCAGACAGUUUUUUAUUUAACUUUAAUGAUGUAAAUAAUAUUUCUAGUGUAAAAUUGGGCUAUGUUUCUGAUGGAAGUCGUGCGGUUUAUUGUAAUAGUAAUUAUGGUCCUAGUAUGGGUGAUUUAGUUUGCUCUGAUUCCAAUAAUUGGGAAUAUGAUUAUCUUUUUAAUGGGGAUUAUCCUAACAUAGGUAUUCCAGCAAAUUUUACGGUAGAAGGAUAUGAAGUAUUUCAAGUAAUAAAGAAAACAUGA